GGAGAGUCGUGAUCGGAAAAGCCUAGGAUUACUUUUUUUUUUUUCUUUUUCCAGGAUUUAUAGACUCAACACACAUUUAUACACAUAUAGACACGCGUACAGAGUGAGAAGCGGACCGCGGUGAAAGCAGCGAGGCGUCAAAAAGCAACAAUGUAUCGGAGUUUUAAUAACAAGACGCAGAGUUUGCGCCACACGGAGCUGGACGCGGUGGAAGUUAAAAGCAAAUAUGGUGCGGAGUUUCGCAGGUUCUCGGUGAACCGAGCCAAGCCCGGCAAAUUCGAGGAGUUCUUUAAGCUGAUCAUGAACCUCCACCGCAUCGCCAACAUGGAGGUGAUGAUCGGAUACGCUGACGUUCACGGAGACCUGCUGCCCAUCAACAACGACGACAACUUCUGCAAAGCUGUGACCACCGCGCACCCGCUGCUCCGGAUCUUCAUACAAAGACAAGAGGAAAUUGACUACAGCACCUUCGGCACCAACACACUAACCAGAAAGAAGAAGCCCGUAGUCGCCCUGCGGAACGACUUGAACAGGAAGCGGCCGCACAUCCGCAUCGGCCUUCCUCAGGACUUCCGUCCCGUGUCGUCCAUCAUCGAUGUGGACAUCGUGCCCGAGUCACACCGCCGCGUGAGGCUGUACCGCUACGGCUCGCACAAACCACUCGGGUUCUACAUCCGUGACGGCACCAGCGUACGUGUCACGGCACAUGGGCUGGAGAAGGUGCCGGGUAUCUUUAUAUCACGGCUGGUCCCUGGCGGCUUGGCUGAAGGAACAGGUCUGCUCGCCGUUAACGAUGAGGUCCUCGAGGUAAACGGAAUUGAGGUGACGGGCAAGACUCUGGAUCAGGUCACCGACAUGAUGAUCGCCAACAGCCACAACUUGAUCGUUACGGUGAAGCCGGCUAAUCAGCGUAACAAUGUCGUGCGUGCCAGCCGCGUGUCUGGAAGUUCGGGUCAGUCUUCGGAUAGCAGCAGCAGCUCGGGCAUCACCAGCAUGCAGGCCGUAUCUUCUUCCAUGCCUGCCGUGAGCUCCAGCUACGGCCACGAUGACCUGGACAGCGACGAGGAGUCGGACAUCGUCAUCGAGAACAGCAUCGGUCGCCAGACUCGCCACUCGAACGCCUCUCUGGCGUCGCUCACGUCUCGGACGACUCAACUGACUUCCGCGUCGCCUCCCAAACCCCAAAGCAGACCGCUCUCCAUGGUGUCCACGGCGUCCUUCCAUUCACACGCCAGCCUAAACGGAACGGGCCACAACAGCCUGAGCUACAGGCUCCACAGAGACCUGAAUCUCCAUCACACGCCGUACAACGGUGCCAGAGAAAGCAACGGCAGCCUCCACAAAAUCCUCAGCAGCCUGAGAACGGACCCUCGGAACAGCCUGGCGCUGCCUAGCGGUGGCGUAGAGGAGGAUGGAAUGGUCAUCACUUUAUAACACACACCCACACACACACGUACGCCGUUAGAUCAGCCUCGUAACGUAAUCUCACCCAGAGACAUUGCAGCCUGGGCCGACGGACUUGACGUGUGGGACUUCUCCUGCUUUCUUAAAGGCCUUUUGUAAAAUGUAAUUUAACAUCUUGAAUUUUUACUUGUUCUUAAAUAAUGACGUGUCUUAUCUUUAUCUGUCAGGGGACGCAUCGGGAUUAGUGUGGUACAUGUCUCUUUUUUUUAUCUUUGUUUUCUCUUUUUUUCCAUUUAAUUAGAUUUUCAGAGCCACUGAUUCAAAUACUAAUUGAUCAUGAAUGUCAUUUUAUAUCAAUAUUUGCAUAUAGAAAUCACUUUUCUUCUUGUCAUGACAGGGUUAGGACUCUCUGUCUCUUCUGACAUCCAGUACAGUAAAGCAAACUUUUCCUUAAGUGCAAGCAGUCCACUGGAAUUCUGGGAGAAAUAAACAACACUUAACGUAUUAACGCAUGUCUUUUUUUUUUUUUUUUUUUUUCAUUUUUCAUUUCAUCAUGACUUUACCAAAGUGUCUGAGUUCUGUGGCUUUAUCCCUCAUUCCAGCAGCCUGAGUAUUACGCAGGAGAACUACACUGUAAUCUCAUGAGUCACUUGUCAUUUCAUGCAGCAAGAUUCCUUUCUCUUUAAACAUUCUCGUUAAUGUGUCUUAGGAUCAUGGUGAUGUUUUACUCUUUUGCUCCGACACGUGAACUCACAAGUGGGGUUUUUCCCCCUCUUUAAUUGUAUGUUGAAUAAGCAUGCAUGUAAUACAGUGAACAAAAAAAAGUGUUAAACAAAUCCUCUUUUUUUUACAUUCUGGGAAUCGGACGUGUCCGGACCGCAGUGCAAACCGGAGUUGGUGACAAAUAAGCAUGCAUUUUUGUCAGGUACCUCCUAAUGAAUUUUCAGCUCGGGACACACACACACACAGCUGUGUACGGUCUCUGUUUUUUAGAGAUGCUUCGGCUGUCUGCUUGUGAAGACUUCCACAUGCAGGUGCUAACUUUCCUUAAAGGAAAGAGAAAAUUCCCCACUGAACACAUGACUCUGAUAUAAAUGAUCUUUACAGUUAUUAUGUGAUGCUCGAGAUGAUAUAAGUUCAUCUUGGACUUCUUUCAUGGACCUGUUACUGUUUUCACUUACCUUAAUACACACAAUCAUUUCAUCUCUACCUAAGACAGCGAUGCGGCGGUGCUUUAGUCUUUUGAAUUGUCCAGCUCUCUCACCUCUCAUCAGGUGCAGAAAAUUUCUUGCAUCACUUACAGAUUGCUUAUGAGCUGAGACGGAUCUAACCGCAUCGGAUAUCUGCAUUGCAUUCUGGGAGUCCAUGGUUUGGACCUGCUAUAUGGCAUCAUUAAUGUCCCAUACAACUUUUAAAUACAAAGGACUAAUAAAAAUACUGCACCAAACAACAAAUGAUCACAAGAAUGGCUAAUUUCGUAUUUGUAUUUUCGUUUUUGGAGUCAUUUCAUGCGCACUUUGAUCACCACUGGAUCUGGGAACAAUCAUACAAAACAUGCAUCAUAUCAGUGUUAAUUUUUUUCAAUUAUUAUUAUUUUAACCCUUUUAGUGUGUUUAGGUGUCACGUGUCUCUCUGAUUUCACUCACUUAUGAAUCUUUUGGAUGGUGUGUGCACUCGGGGUGUACUUUUUUUUUUUUUUUUUUUUUUUGAUGAGUAAAUUUAUGUUUUGAUCGCGUAGUCAGCUUGUGUCCAUGAUCCAACUUGUAUUUAUGAUCCUAGUGCCUUAGACUCAUAGAAUCAUAACACUCUGUGUAACUCCUAAUUCCUGCAUCUGGCCACUGAAUGUUCCAUAGUUUUGUUUCAGUUCACAUGCUUAUCUGUGUCACCCUCUGCUGGUCACUACUGGAGCUCACCAACAUACCAGGAUUCACCUCAACUCUCGGAGUAAAUCUAUAUUUAUUCUGCAGAAUUUCUGAAAUUUAAACCUUGUCUUGGUGUUUUCGUUUGUGUUUUUGUUUUUUUGUUUUCCUUUCUCUGUACAACAAUUUUAAGUUUAAAUAAAAAUCUUGAUUUUA